UAUAGUCUGCAGGACAUCUGCAGUCAUCCUAUUGUGAAUUCUCAUCAUAGCCAUCCGCGGCUCUCUGCACAUCAGACAUGGACUUCUCUAUCCGUGCAGCCAACAUGGAGGACUGUAAGGACAUCGCACGGAUGAUCAUGGAACUGGCUGAAUAUGAGAAUCAGACAGACAUUGUGAAAGUCACACAGAAAGACUUGGAGCAGGAUGGUUUCUCCAAGAACCCGUUCUUCCAUGGGAUCAUCGCUGAGGUGGCAGAACAACACAGAACCCAAGACGGCCAUACAAAGAUAGGCUAUGCACUUUACUUCUAUUCCUACUCUUGGUUGGGCCGGGGCAUCUAUAUGGAGGACUUGUAUGUGAUGCCAGAGUUCAGAGGGAAGGGCAUUGGUAAAGCACUUAUGAGCAAGGUAGCACAGCUGGGCCUGGCUGCAGGCUGCAGCAACCUCAAGUUCACCGUUCUAGACUGGAACAAACCAUCUGUGGACUUUUACGUCAGCCAAGGCUGCUCUGAUAUCACGGCUAACUUUGGCUUCCACUGUAUGCGCUGUGAAGGAGAGGCCCUGGAGCACCUGGCCCAGCCUUAACCUAGUAAUAAACCAGGAACCCCAUGAAUUUAGGACUUCCUCUACAGAGGUAUUAAAAGGGCUUCACGGGAUCGAAUCCCAGAAC